AUGCCCGCCAUCACCCGCAACCUGCGGUCGUCGACGCGACUGAGCGCUGCACCCUCUGCGAACGAGAGGAAGCAGCUGCCGGAGAAGACUCAGACCGCUUCCAAGACAAAAACCAGCAAGAAAUCGACUGCAGCAGCGGCGCCGUCCUUGGCCACCACCACCACCGGCAGCCGCAAGAGGAAAGCCGAGGAACAGUCCAGCAAACAGGACGGGGCGUUCGGGGCUGGGCUAGCUGACGACGACGACGACGAGGAGCCCAACCCCAAACCUGCCAAGAAGGCCAAGAAGCCAGCGGCAGCGAAGAAGGAGGCGCCGCCCAGGAAGACCAGAGAAGAGCUCGCGGCCCUGCGCGCGGCGUCGGUACCGGACGUGAACCCUGACGCUGAGCCCAGGGACCCGCCGGGCCCGCGGUACUGGCUGAUGAAGUCGGAGCCGGACGUGCGCGUCGAGGACGGGUACGAGAUUAAGUUCUCCAUUGACGAUCUGGCGGCGAAGAAGACGCCCGAGGGGUGGGAAGGGAUUCGAAACUACGUCGCGCGGAAUAACCUGAGGAGCAUGCGCAAGGGCGACAAGGCCUUCUUCUACCACUCCAACUGCAAGGAGCCCGGCGUCGUCGGCAUCAUGAGCAUCGUAAAGGAACACUCGCCAGACUGGAACGCCUGCAUCAACGACAACCCGUAUUACGACGCCGCGGCGCCGCACGACGGGAGCAAGUGGAGCCUCGUCCAUGUCAAGAUUGAGCACAAGUUCUCGCGCAUUGUGCCGCUGAGCCUCCUCAAGGCGUUGCGGGGCGGCGGCCCGCUGCGGGACAUGGAGUUGCUGCGGCUGGCGCGGCUGAGUGUCACCAAAGUCACGCCGGAGGAGUGGGACGAGGUGAUCCGUAUGGCCCGGGAGCUCGACGAGGACGGCGAGUGGGACGAGACGGUCGAGGCGUCCAAGAAGUUCCCCAACUACAAAGCGAGAUGA